UUGUCCAUCCUUGCUCGUUCUUCUCCGAUUAUCCUCUUCCUCUCCGACUGUGAAUUGCUAAACCUUUCUUGUUCGUUCCUUCAUCCCUGCUCAAAGAUGCAGCAGGACUCUUCUAAUGUUCAUCCUCGGCAGAAUCGUUUCAGUGCGACAUUACGUCAAGCUAUGCGAACAAGAAUUAAUGUUAUCUUACGACGGAAACCUAUUGGAAGGAUUGAUGCUAAAAGACUCCAAAAUAUUCUCCCUAAAUACGUAAACUAUCUAGAGUCUAAACUAAUGAACUCGGCCAACUCAGAGGAGGAGUACACGAAUCCACGAGAUCUUGAAGUCCGCCUACACUAUCUUGACAAGGAAGUUAGAGCCUUGAGUCAUCAUCGUUCACAUGGACUCAGCGCGCUUCCGGACACUUUGUUAACUCAGAUUCUCUUAUGCCUCCCUACCAAAGAUUCUGUCAAGACAAGCCUUCUCUCCAAGAGAUUUAGAAAUCUAUGGCUUGAAGUUCCAGGACUAGAGUUACACUCCCUAGACUCCUCCAAUCCACGCGCCAUCAACAACUUCAUCGACAGGUUUCUCGAGAUUAACCGUGAGUCGCGUCUCCAGAAGUUCAAUAUAAACUACGACGAGUGCAGUGUUUAUCUUUUCAGAAUCAGUGAGUUGAUCACCGAAGUGAUUAAGCGUGGAGUUCAAAAGCUAGACGUUGUUGGCACAGUCAGGUACUGGCCUCACACCAAAGAGCUUAUGCCUGUUGACAUUUACAAGAGCAACACUUUGGUUUCUCUGAAGCUAGCAAACGUACGAAUGGCGAGUCCCGAGUUUGUUGUUUCUAUGCCUUGUCUCAAGACCAUGCAUCUUGAAGCCAUUAUCACCCAAGAUCCUUUGUUCAUAGAGAAGCUCCUCUCAGGCUGUCCUGUCCUCGAAGAUUUGACGGUUUUUAGGGUUUUUAAUGACAAUGUACCUGUUCUACGUGUGAGAUCUCACUGUCUUAAGAGGUUUUGUGUGAAGUUUAGCCGCAGCGUAAGAAUUUAUGGUAAAGAGUAUACGGUUGAGGUUGAUGCUCCGGGGCUUAAGUAUAUGAACUUCAGAGAUGAUCAUUCUGCUAGAGUUGUGGUGAAGAAUCUGAGUUCCUUAUUCAUGAUCGACAUUGAUACACAAUUUGGCACUGGUACCUUGCAGAUGAAGAAAGCUAAUAUUAGUGAUUUUCUAACCGGGAUAUCUAGUGUAAGACAUAUGAUCAUCUCUCAGCCUACACUGGAGGUCCUUUAUUCUUGCAUGAAACCUGGACCGUUCACCAAAUUUCGCAACUUAACUCGUUUAGAGGCUUCGUUCUGCACCGGUUUAUUACAAAAUUUGCCGCAUUUUCUUGAUGGUUUCCCCAAACUGAAACACCUCACUUUGUACUUGCUUUAUUUGAAGGACUUAAAACCAGAGAAUCUUGAACUUACCGAUGUGCCACAGUGCUUGCUACGUACUCUUGAGUGUGUUGAGGUCAAAGAAGUGACCACGGUGGAGAAAGCUGGGAAGAAAAGAGCGAGAAACAUUAGGAGAACCAAAGUAUCGAAACACAAGAAGAAGAUAUGGAUUGAAGUAUUGAGGUAUAUUCUUGAGAACUCACUAGUCCUCAAGAAACUCAUUUUGUAUUUCUCUUCUGUGACCAACAGCGUCUUAGAUAUCUCAGAGGCGCUACCUACGUUCACAAAACUUUCUCCCCGAUGUGAAAUCUUCAAUCAUCUCACAUCUCUUUGAAGAUCAGUUUAGGAAUAAUAAUCUUUUGUUGUGAAAAAUGGAGU